AUGGGUAUCAUUGAAGAUGUGUUAGUCAAGGUGGAAAAAUUUAUCUUUCUAGUAGAUUUUAUUACUUUGGAUUUAGAUGACAGGGCCGAGGUUCCCUUGAUACUUGGGUGUCCAUCUUUGGCCACUUCACAAGCAUUGAUUGAUGUUAAAGAUGGUAAAAUGGUGUUAAGAGUGGGUGAUGAAGAAGUGGUGUUCAAGUUGAAAGAUGCCAUGCGCCACUCCAUGGACGGUGAUGACACAUGCUAUGCUUUGGAUGUUAUUGAUGGUUGUGUUUCUGAUUUUGUGCAGGACACAUGGAUGAAGGAUGAUUUGUAG